AUGGAGACUCCCAUCGACUUCGCCAAUGGGCAGCCUGCGGCCGAAGAGCUGCCGAACGAAGUCGUGCUUGUCAAGACCUCUUCACCGACGGUUCUGGAGUCCUCGGGGCACCCAAGCGCCAACGGCUUGGGGCGCUUAGCACCGCUUCAAGUUACCCAAGCUCAGUUUCCUGGCUCUGGUCCUUUGGAGUACGGCGAUUUCACCUGGGAAUUCCGAUACGAGCUGUCGGAGUUCCUCAGGCGGCAAGACUCCUCUCGAUGCCGAAGCCCUGAUCCUGGGCAUCUCUUCCUAACCGCCGGGGUGUCACAAGCGCUUGACAUGCUGAGUACGAUGUGCGCCGGUCAUAGAUUAGGGGACGUGGUCCUAGUUGAGAGCCCCACCUAUUUCCUGGCACCCGCCAUUUUUCGGGAUCAUGGGCUCGAAGUUGUUGGAGUGGACACUGACUCUGACGGAAUGGUGAUCCAGUCCCUGCUGGAUGCCUUGCAAAAGCUCCGGCUGAGGGGCCGAAGAGUUGCUAUGCUCUACACGAUCCCAGUUCAUCACAAUCCCACAGGACGCACCAUGCCAGCAGAGAGACGCGAAGCUAUUGUUGGUGUUGCCCGAGACCACGAGAUUCUUGUGAUUGCUGACGAGGUUUACACCCUCCUUACAUACGGUGUGUCCCCACCGACCACGAUGGCCAGUCUUGGCGAGAAUGUACUGUCUCUGGGAAGUUUCUCAAAGAUCUUGGCGCCAGGGCUCCGGGUAGGUUGGAUAGAGGGCUCUCCGGAGCAGCUGAAACGAUUGAGCAAAUGGGGUGUCAUCGACAGCGGUGGCCACCUGAGCCACUUCGCCUCCUGCGUUGUUGCCGCCGCCAUGAAGUCCCGAGCGUUGGAUUCACAUCUGGAGCAGCUUCGAAAGAACUUCCAGGAACGUUGUCGGUCCUUGGUUGGAAGCUUAAAGUCUAUGCUGCCGGAAGACUGCGCAGUGACCAACCCUAAUGGUGGCUACUUUGUGUGGGUCAAGCUUCCGCAGCAUGUGGAUGCUCGUGAGCUUGCAUCAAGACCUGACGAGUUCGGUUUUCUUGCCAAGCCCGGCCACCUGUUCACCUUGGACGCAUGCAGUGAAGACAACUUCUUGCGCCUGUGCUUUGCGAGGCUGCAGCCUGCACAGCUUGCUGAAGGAGCAAGGCGUUUAGCUGCUGCGAUCCAGCACACCAUUGAUCGUCAGUGUGAAGUUCCGGAAAAGUCCGUCAUGUGCGCUAUCGCAGAAACGGUCGAGAUCUGUGCGAAAGCAUGCCAAGCGGAGAUGGCCUCACAGCUUCUCCCGCAGAAGCUCGAAGACGCCGAGUUGGGCCGCAGCCUCGUGACAGCUUUCGCUGAAGCGCGUACAUGGGAGAUGGCGUUGGACGUUCUCCUAUGCAUGAAAGGAGAGGGGCUCGAACCGACCGCAGACACCUUCGCAGAUGUUAUGUCAGCCUGCGAUGCAGGAAGCAGGGUGGGAGGGACGGAUGUGGAGUCCAAGGCAGACCUCGAGCGGCGCCCGGCUCAGGCGCAGGUCAUGGCCCUCCUGUGGCGAGCACGCCAUUGGGGUGUGGAGACGAAUGCGAGGCUCUACCGGACUGCUUUGGAUGCGUGUUCGUCGCGGCUGUGGGCACUUGCUGUGAGCCUUCUCGCCGAGAUGGAGGCAGACGGCUUCAAUCCGUUACCUGCUGACCUGGACACCGUAAUUCAGGUCCUUGCUGGUGCUCAGGAAGAGGCGCAAAGGGGCAGAACGCGGCAGGAGAAGCGAGAGAUAUCCAUCCGGAAUGUGCUGCGGGCCAGAACUGCCCAACCCACACAGGAGCCUCGCACUCCGAAGUGGGACUUUCCGCCAGUUGUCGUCGAGUCCAUGCCGCCGGCAGCGCCAAAGAGGGCUCCCAGCCGCCCCAGCCUUCGUGAGCCGACAGAGGUCGAGCUGGAGGACGUAUUAGCAGGCGAACGUGUCCGAAGCAACUUACCCUGGAGUGGCGGAGGCCCUUGGAGAAAGUGGGAGAUGGCUGUCAGCCUUCUGGAGAAGAUCCAGAUUUCGAGUUUCAGUCCAGAGAUUGCCGCUUUGAAUGCAGUCAUUACGGCCUGUGCUCGGGCGCAAGAGCUGGCGCAGUGCAAGCUCGUGUUGGACACGAUGAAGGGCGAAUCGCUGCAACCGGACGCAGUCACCUGCGCCCAGCUCAUAGGUGGAUGCUGCCAAAGAGGCCUCUGGGAGCAGGCGCUGCUCAUCCUUGGCCGCGCUAGAGAUCUAUCCGUGGCCAGCAUGUCCACCUGUGAGGAGGGCCUGAAGGCUUGUUUCCGAGGACGACAGCCGCGGCUCGCCCUUCUUCUCUUGGCCGAGAUGGAUCGUAUGCCGACAGGUGUCUCGACUCCAGCGAUCAACACCGCGAUUGCCACCUGCUCUCGCUUCGGUCUGUGGACGCAGGCGAUUGCGCUGCUGAGCGAGCUGCAGUCGCGGCUGAUGACGCCAAGCUUUGCUACAUAUGCUGCAGCUGCCGCUGCCUUCGAUGCUGCACCAUCUAUCGCAUGGGAGCAGGCCCUCCUAUUGCUGGAGGAGUCGCAGCGGCUUGGAUUGGCAAGCGGAGAGACGUAUGCCAGUGCCAUCGCUUGCUGCGGGCUGCGCUGGCAGCUUAUUGUUUCAGCUCUGGUUGACAUGACUUCAGCGAGGGUGCUGCCAGCUCCCCGAACGUACUCCGAUGUCCUGCGCAGCUUCAGCGAGCUGCGCCUUGCCGGCGUCGCCGUCGAGCUUCUUGAGGACCCCCUGAGGAAAGAGUUGCCUCCUGGCUGA